AUGCAUCAAUACGUCUCUCGAGCCCUCGCAAGAGGGUCAAGCUGCCUCCUCAAGCCGAGCUUCUGUGGAAUCGCUCUCACCACCCCACCCAACUUCCAAACCUGCAAACUCGCCCCUGCGCAAUCCUCACGGUCCCUUACCACCGCCACCAGCAAAGGUACUCGCAGCUACACACCUAUAAGUCGCGGUCCCACCCCUCCUCCUACGAAGUCGCCCGAAGAGUUUACAGGCUCUCCUUACAUAGUUCGCCGCACGCCAUCAGCACAACUGCCCGUCUACCGACGGUUCACGUCAGGAGGCAAUCGCGAGGUGGUCUUCAUUAAAAAGGUGGAUGGUGACCGCAAGAAGCUGUUGGAGGAUCUGGUAGAGUCCCUUGGUGUGAGCAGGGGCGAUAUUAGACUCAAUCCAUUGACACAACACCUGGAGCUUAAGGGCAAUUUCUACGACAGGACCAAGUCAUGGUUAUUAGAGCGCGGAUUCUAG